UAUUUUUGAUCACUCCAAUGACUCAUCACUUUGUCUGAUGCGCUUAUAAAAAUAGAGAGGUUGCCUUCUCUUCAUAAUAUUUUGGUCUUCAUCAUAAUAUAGCUCAUCAGCGUCAUGGCCAGCGCUUCACUUGUUUCUGCACUCACUAGAAGGCUAGAAGGAAAAGUAGCCCUAGUAACCGGAGGAGCCAGCGGCAUUGGGGAAUGCACGGCCAAACUCUUCUCCAAACACGGUGCAAAAGUUGCCAUAGCUGACAUCCAAGAUGAACUAGCUCAUUCAGUUGUCAACUCCAUUGGCCACUCCAAUUCAACCUACAUCCAUUGUGAUGUCACCAAUGAAGACCAUGUCAAGAAUGCAGUGGACAAGACAGUUUCCACCUACGGAAAGCUUGACAUCAUGUUCAAUAACGCCGGCAUCGCUGACCGCCCCAAGCCUAGAAUCAUCGACAACGAGAAAUCCGACUUCGAGCGUGUUAUGAGCAUUAACGUCACCGGUGUUUUCCUAGGUAUGAAGCACGCGGCCCGUGUGAUGGUCCCCGCUCGCAGUGGGACCAUCAUCUCCACCGCCAGUCUAGGUUCAGGGAUCGGUGGGGCCGCUACUCAUGCAUACACGUGCUCGAAACAUGCUGUGGUUGGGCUUACAAGAAAUCUGGCAGUCGAGCUCGGGCAAUUUGGUAUCAGAGUAAAUUGUCUGUCGCCCUACGCGCUUGCAACGCCAUUGGCGAAGAAGUUCUUGGAACUUGAUGAUGAGGGGGUUGAAAAUGCAAUGAGUUACAUGGCAAACCUAAAAGGUGUGACACUAAAGGCUGAGGAUGUUGCGAAUGCAGCCCUUUUUCUGGCUAGUGAUGAGGCUAGAUAUGUGAGUGGGCAAAAUCUAUUCAUAGAUGGGGGGUUUGGCAUUGUUAAUUCUGCAAUUAAAUUGUUCAACUAUCCAGAAUCUUCAUAAUGCUAUAUUUCACUAUAUUCAACUUUUUCCAUCUUCAUCAA